CUUCCAUGUCAAUUAAAAAAAUGCGAUCGCUUUAUAAGUUUCUUUACAGCUUCCUAGCAUUUAUAGUGCUGGUUACGUGUUUAAUAUACACAGCAUCAGCAAACGUAAAUGCAAUUAUUUCACCACCUUUCAACGUUCCCAAAAACUGGAAAAACACUAAUAUGCUUCGAACGAUAGACCUUACAAGUUCUAUCGUUCGAGAAACCACUGCGGUUGUUGCUCAAAACAUUCAUAACGAAUCGAUAGGUGAAUAUUAUUAUCCUAUACCUAAAGAAUGGGAUGAACACUUAUCAUUUAUUGAAGUUAAAGAAAGAACGACAGAACAGUUUUUUGAAGUUGAAAAAGCAGAAUUUAAUUCUCUCAACAAGAUCCAAUAUUAUAAAAUUUCCUUCAAUCGUCGUCUCGAUCCAGAGGAUAAAAUUAAAUUCAUUGUAACAACAGCUUUUACUCACGUGCUAACCCCUUACCCUAAGGAAAUCGCACAAACAGGAAGACAAAACAUAUUAUUUCGUGGUAAUCAAUAUGGUAAUAGUGCUUAUCACACAGCUCAACAAAAAACCAUAGUAAAACUCCCUUCAGCUGUUAUUAUUAGCUACAGCCAACCAACUGGGUAUAUAACUAGUAAUCGAAACACGCUCGAGUAUGGGUUGUUUGACGGCAAAGAACCUAAUUCUUACGAAGAACUCAAAAUCCAUUAUGAAUUUCAACAAAGUAUAUUAACUGUCAAAGGGUUAAGACGCGAUUUAGAAAUUAGUCAUUGGGGUGGAAAUCUUGCAAUUGAAGAGCAUUUUAAUUUAACUCAAGAAGGGGCAAGAUUAAAGGAUCAAUUUUCGCGACUUGAAUAUCAUAAAAAUAUCUAUACACGUCAAAACUCUGUCAUGACACGUGAAUUAUCAUUGAGUUUACCAGCUCACGCGUCAAACGUAUAUUAUCGUGAUGAAAUAGGUAAUGUAUCUACAUCUCAUUUACGAUAUGAACAAGAUAAAACAGUUUUAGAAUUCAAGCCACGAUAUCCUUUAUUCGGUGGAUGGAAUUAUACUUGGUAUUAUGGAUAUAAUGUACCUAUUGGAGAUUUUGUGAAGUAUCACUCUGAAAGUGGUCGAUAUAUUUUGAACAUACCUUUCAUAAACGUGCUCCCUCGAGUUACUUAUGAUAAAGUACAAGUGAGAAUUAUAUUACCAGAAGGUGCAAGUAAUAUAAAAGUAGAAACCCCAUUUCCUGUUGAUAAAGAAUCACAUGGUGUUCACAAAACUUAUUUAGAUACAAUAGGACGAUAUCUUAUUGUUCUUGAUAAAUUUAACGUUCUUAAUGAUCAUUCAAAAAAUUUUCAGAUAUCUUAUACAUACAAUUCAUUUGAAUUAUUAAGAAAACCUUUAGCAGUCUCAGUUUGCCUUUUGGGUGCAUUUCUUUUAAGUAUGGUUUAUUCUAGAAUGGAAUUCGGUAUUGGAAAAUCCGAGAAAAAAAGUUAAAAUUAUUUAUAUUUAGAAUUAAUAUUUUUAAAUAAUUUAGUAUAUAGAAAAAAAAAAAAAAAA